AUGACGGGCAUGUUCGACGGUGAUCAAUCCAGCGCUGGACGCCGUGAGCGUUUGCUGAAAAUGCGUGAUUCGAAGGAGGCGUUCACGGGCAAGGUUGGAGGUGCGGAGAUCAGCAACGGAAAAAGUAACAUGUCAAACGGAUUCUAUCCGACGCCGACGAAUACUGGGCGUAGGUAUUGACGUGAGUCACCUUGAUGUACUUAUAGAUAUUAUAGAAAGCAAUGUUUUAUUAUAUUUCUAGUACACUUUUCGUAUUCAUCUUCUUCGAUGUUUGAAUUUGAUAGUCGAAAGCCUUGAAGCGAUUUCAAUUGCAAGAAACAUUUUUAUCCACUCCCGCUUCGUCAGCCUGGGUGUCGCGAGUGGCGGGCCACAGGCUUCUCGUGGCGGUGGUGCAGCUGCUGCUCUAGAUCAUGGAGGUGCUGCCACUUAUCUCACUACUUCCGCUGGAACCAUCGGCAGCGGACUUCGCAGCACCCGCAGUGGGAACGUGACCCCGAGUAUUACCGGCUCGACCACUGGGGAAGGAUUUGAAAAAUUAUGGCUCUCGAUUUACUUCAGCUCCUGCACAGUUCGUUGGUUCCAGAGUUUGUUUCUAAAUUUCCUGUCAUUAUUGAAUUCGUCAUGUUGAACAAGGGGUUAGCAGUGGAUGUUCAUGAUCUUCUCCUGUUCCCCUCUCGUUCUUGGAGUCGAUUCAUUCUCUCUCAGAAAUUUUUAAACGUAGAAGAUGAAUCAUCGACAGCUUUCUAAGAAAAGAGACGGCUUCCACCGGCAACUUCCGCCAACGCGUCCAGGUCAAACGGAGCACCUACGAACUGGAUAUCUUCUGCAAGUUUCCCAUUAUCGAUUUUAUGCAGAAUACGAAGCAGCGCCAAUUCACCUUCGUCUGCGCUUGCGACGAACAGGGAGAAUGCACUGACAAUUAUGAAAAACAAAUUUUAAUUAUCGAAGUCGAAGACUUCAUGUUCAAUUUGUAGAAAGAUGAUUUCGAUUGUCGCAGGGAAACAGAAUCUAAACCUUACUUAUUUGAUUCUCAUAGAGAUCUGAAAUAACAUCGUCCCUCCUUCAUAAAGGGUAUUCGGUCCAGAUCCCGCAAGCCUUCGAGUUUAGUCGUGCCAAGGUGACAAAUGAUGACUUCUCCAGCGGCCGAGUUUCGAUCGUUCUUCCCGCUGUCGAGCGCAAUGCCUUGUCCUGGGAUUAA